AUGACCGCAAUCACGGAUAAUGUUGGCGACGACUUUGAGGUUGUCGCUUCACCAGCUGAAGAUAGCACGAGCAGUGCUAGAUCCGUUGAUGCCGCUCUACCUAGUCUGAUAUUCAAACCAGCUGCCCCUACAACAUCCGCCAAGCACACAAUCCAAGCCAGAGACGACACUCCUAUGGCGAGGUGUAACCUACAGCUGCACACUAUCAAGCUCCUUGAGACCAUCAUCAUCUACCUUUUCUUCUCCCGACCAGUCACUCUUGCUCUCGCUGCAGCCUUGGCCUUCUUCCUGCCGCCCUACUACAACAUACCUGGCUACCACGUCUUUCCGGCAGAACUCGUGACAGCGAUCAAACAGCAGGUGCACAAGCUCCUCGAAUGGCUUCGGGCAGAGUCGAUACUCCUAAACGACUUCGUCAUAGCGGCAAAGGCGCAAAGGCGGUAUGUCACUUCAAUGCAACCGUCCUAUGGCAACUGCGAAUUGCUCGUGCUGACACUCCGGGCAGAUCAAGACUUGACUUCCACUACAAGCUAA